AUGAGUGAAAAACAUUUAAUAACACAAGAUCCUAAAAAAUUGGAAAAAUUACAUGAAUUCGCCAAAAGAGGCGGAAUCGGUAAAGGCAUUGCUAAUCAAGAUACGUUGGCAGAUACCGAGGAUGAUUUAAUGUUUUUCACUGGAGAAACGGUUACAAUUUUAAAACAUAUCAAAGAUGAAUAUUUUCUUGGAUAUUGUGAAGGUGUUAUUGGGAAAUUUAAAGGCAGUGCAAUCAAAUUUAAUGAAUCUGAUCAAAACAAAAAUGUUGUUGUCAUUCCAACCUUUAAGAUAGAUUUGGUACCCGACACUAUAACCAAAUCAUCAAUCUCUGAACAAUUUAACAUUAAAGAAAAUCCAAAAGUCAUUAUUACCUCUAAAGAUCUCAAAAAUAAUGAAAUAAAAGAAAUUGUUUUAGAAUCAUUCAAAAUUGAAACAUCAAUAGUAAUAGAUGAAUCAGCAAUUGAAUCUUCAUUGAGGUUGUAA